AUGAAGAGAAACCAUCAAAAUUUUGGAAGGAAACUAUUUCAAGCCAUUCGAGCAAUUGGAUAUUUCGGCCCUGCAACAGAACUGUUGUAUUAUUCUCAAGAAAAAUGGGUGGGUGCUCGAAUUUCGUGGGUCGAAAUUUGGGUCGAAUUCGAAGAGAGGGAGAGAAGAGAGGAGAAGGAGGAGAGGGAGACGGGGUGCUGGUGCCCUCUCUCUUUGUUUCUCGGUCUGCCCUCUCCCUCUCUGUGUUCUUCCUCUCAAUCGGUGCCCACUCUUCGCCUCUGGGACCUCUCCACUGGCAUCACUGCUCACCGCUUCGUCGGCCACACCAAAGAUGUCCUCUCCGUCGCUUUCUCCUUCGAUAAUUGCCAAAUCAUCUCUGCUUCCCAAGACCGCUCGAUCAAGCUGUGGAACACUUUGGGUGAGUGUAAGUACACGAUUCAAGAUGGUGAUGCUCAUUCUGAUUGGGUCAGUUGUGUUCGAUUUAGCCCUAAUAAUCUUCAGCCUACGAUUGUGUCUUCGUCUUGGGAUCGGACUUUGAAGAUUUGGAAUUUGACCAAUUGUAAGAUUAGGGCUUCGCUUGCUGGGCAUUCUGGGUAUAUGAAUACGGUGGCCGUGUCGCCCGAUAGGUCGCUGUGUGCGAGUGGUGGGAAAGAUGGAGUUAUUUUGUUGUGGGAUCUGGCUGAGGGAAAGAAGCUUUACUCGCUCGAUUCGAGUUCGAUUAUUAAUGCUCUGUGCUUUAGCCCUAAUAGGUACUGGCUUUGUGCUGGUACUGAGGCUAGCAUUAAGAUUUGGGAUUUGGAGAGCAAGACCAUUGUUGUGGAUCUCAAGGUUGAUGCCAAGCAGGAGGUUGAAAUGAACGAAGGCGGAGUUGCCGUGUCGUUUGGUGUUAAAAACAAGGUUUAGUAUCGUUAAUUUAGUAUA